AUGGAGAGAGGGGCACAGGACCAAGAGCAGUACCAUCAUCACUACCAGGGUCAGACCAGAUGGAGAGAGGGGCACAGGACCAAUAGUAGUACCAUCAUCACUACCAGGGUCAGACCAGAUGGAGAGAGGGACACAGGACCAAUAGUAGUACCAUCAUCACUACCAAGGUCAGACCAGAUGGAGAGAGGGGCACAGGACCAAGAGCAGUACCACCAUCACUACCAGGGUCAGACCAGAUGGAGAGAGGGGCACAGGACCAAUAGCAGUACCAUCAUCACUACCAGGGUCAGACCAGAUGGAGAGAGGGGCACAGGACCAAUAGUAGUACCAUCAUCACUACCAGGGUCAGACCAGAUGGAGAGAAGGGCACAGGACCAAGAGCAGUACCAUCAUCACUACCAGGGUCAGACCAGAUGGAGAGAGGGGCACAGGACCAAUAGUAGUACCAUCAUCACUACCAGGGUCAGACCAGAUGGAGAGAGGGGCACAGGACCAAUAGUAGUACCAUCAUCACUACCAAGGUCAGACCAGAUGGAGAGAGGGGCACAGGACCAAUAGCAGUACCAUCAUCACUACCAGGGUCAGACCAGAUGGAGAGAGGGGCACAGGACCAAUAGUAGUACCAUCAUCACUGGGGCAAGCAGCUGACUCACUCACACACAAACUCUCUCAUACACACGUGCAAGUACGUAUAUAUGCACAUGCACACACACACACACACACACAUGCAUGCAUAAUGCACAUAGCACUCUGAGAUACAUGUUAACAAAACCAUGCAAACAGACUCCUACACAAAAUCGUUUACAACACACAUUUAUAGACAGAUGUGACCCACACAGAGAAAAUAAACACUGACAUGUCAACACACAAACUGCCAAACUCACCACUGGUCUUCUCAUUGGCUGUUAUACUGCAAUACUCCUCACUGGUCUUCUCAUUGGCUGUUAUACUGCCAUACUCCCUACUGGUCUCCUCAUUGGCUGUUAUACUGCCAUACUCCAUACUGGUCUUCUCAUUGGCUGUUAUACUGCCAUACUCCCUACUGGUCUUCUCAUUGGCUGUUAUACUGCCAUACUCCCUGCUGGUCUUCUCAUUGGCUGUUAUACAGCAUUACUCCCCACUGGUCUUCUCAUUGGCUGUUAUACUGCCAUUCUCCCUACUGGUCGUCUCAUUGGCUGUUAUAUUGCCAUACUCCCCACUGGUCUUCUCAUUGGCUGUUACACUGCCAUACUCCCCACUGGUCUUCUCAUUGGCUGUUACACUGCCAUACUCCCCACUGGUCUUCUCAUUGGCUGUUAUACUGCCAUACUCCCCACUGGUCUUCUCAUUGGCUGUUACACUGCCAUACUCCCCACUGGUCUUCUCAUUGGCUGUUAUACUGCCAUACUCCCCACUGGUCUUCUCAUUGGCUGUUACACUGCCAUACUCCCCACUGGUCUUCUCAUUGGCUGUUACACUGCCAUACUCCCCCACUGGUCUUCUCAUUGGCUGUUCACUGCCAUACUCCCCACUGGUCUUCUCAUUGGCUGUUAUAACUGCCAUACUCCCCACUGGUCUUCUCAUUGGCUGUUACACUGCCAUACUCCCCACUGGUCUUCUCAUUGGCUGUUACACUGCCAUACUCCCCACUGGUCUUCUCAUUGGCUGUUAUACUGCCAUACUCCCCACUGGUCUUCUCAUUGGCUGUUACAAUGCCAUACUCCCCACUGGUCUUCUCAUUGGCUGUUAUACUGCCAUACUCCCCACUGGUCUUCUCAUUGGCUGUUACACUGCCAUACUCCCCACUGGUCUUCUCAUUGGCUGUUAUACUGCCAUACUCCCCACUGGUCUUCUCAUUGGCUGUUACACUGCCAUACUCCCCACUGGUCUUCUCAUUGGCUGUUAUACUGCCAUACUCCCCACUGGUCUUCUCAUUGGCUGUUAUACUGCCAUACUCCCCAUUGGUCUUCCCUUCCCCGUUCAUACUUCUAAA